CUACUCGUAGAACCAACGCAAUGGCAUUAUUCCAGGUAUUGCUGUUGCUGACUACAGUGUUGCUUCAAUUCAUUCCUGCAAAUGGACAGGAUGCAGAAUUUUAUGACUUGUCAACCUCCCGAGCAGAUGUCCAAAGAGAUAUUGUAAAUGAACACAAUGAAAAAAGGAGAACAGUUUCUCCACCUGCCAGCAACAUGCUGAAGAUGAGCUGGAGCAGUGAAGCAGCAGAAAAUGCCCAAAAUUGGGCAAACAAAUGCUUGCAAACACAUAGUGUGGAGAAGGAUCGAGAAAUCUCUACAAGCCACUGUGGUGAGAAUCUCUUUAUGUCAAGCUACCCUCGGUCAUGGUCAGAAGCAAUUCAAAGUUGGUAUAAUGAGGUCCAUGAUUUUGUUUAUGACAAAGGGCCAAGGUACCCAAAUGCCGCUAUUGGACAUUAUACCCAGAUUGCUUGGUACUCAUCAUACCUUGUUGGAUGUGGAGUGGCCUAUUGUCCCAAUCAUCCCACUCUAAAAUACUACUAUGUUUGCCAGUAUUGUCCUAGUGGUAAUAUCAGAAGCAGAAUAAAUACCCCUUACCAGCAAGGGACACCUUGUGCCAGCUGCCCUAAUGACUGUGACAAUGGACUGUGCACCAACUCUUGCCAGUAUGUAGAUGAAUAUUCUAACUGUAAAGAAUUGGUUAGUAUGGUGGGCUGUAACCACCAAGCCACAAAAGGCUCUUGCAAAGCUACCUGCCUGUGCCAAAACAAGAUUUAUUGAACAUGCAAUACAGACUGAGCAGUGCUGCACCAUCUACUUAGCAGUGACAUUUACUAGCAUAGAAAUCGCAAAAAUGUUACCUGAAAACUCAAUUCUGAAUAGUAAUGAAUCUUUUUCUCCUGGAUCUAUUUUUGUUUUUUUUUUUUUUUUUUUUUUUUUUUUUU